AUUCUAAACAUUGAAGGGAAAUUGUGGCUGUUUUUUGACAAAACACAGAAGACUUUUUCAAGCUGGAAGAGCCAUGGGUUGUUGGGGGGAAAUGCAAAGCAGUGGAUGGAUUUUUCCCACCAUGAUCCUUUGCAUUUAUGGCUUCUUCACCAUGAUGAGACCAUCUGAGCCUUUCCUCACACCCUAUCUCACUGGACCUGAUAAAAACCUGACCAUCAACGAGGUAACGCAGCAUAUUUUCCCCGUUUGGACCUAUUCCUACCUCGCUCUGUUAUUCCCCGUAUUCCUGAUUACAGACUAUGUCCGCUACAAGCCUGUCAUUAUUCUCCAGGGAAUUAGUUUGAUUGUUACCUGGCUGUUGCUUUUAUUUGCACACGGCCUGGCAGCCAUGCAGCUGAUGGAGUUUUUCUAUGGAACUGUGACGGCCACAGAGGUUGCCUAUUAUGCCUACAUAUACAGUGUUGUUAGCGCGGAUCAUUACCAGAAAGUAACAAGUUAUUGCAGAAGCAUCACUCUAGUGGCAUCCACCAUGGGUUCCUUCUUGGGGCAAAUUUUAGUCUCUUUAGCUCACGUAUCUUAUUUUUAUCUCAAUGCCAUAUCAUUGGCUUCUGUCUCUGUGGCAUUUAUAUCUGCAUUUUUUCUGCCCAUGCCUCAGAAAAGUAUGUUCUUUCAUAGAAAGUCUUCCCUAGAAGCACCCAUUGGGCCAACCAAUAAGGAUGCACCAAAUGUAUCAGGCCAGCCAUGUUACCAGCAGGACAAAGAUCUCACAGUUUCAUCAGUCAACUCUCAGAACUUACCAGAAUACCCGCUACCCAAAAUUCAAAAACAGAAUCACUUUUUGACAGUGCUUUGGCAACUGUGUCGAGACUUGAAGGAAUGCUACAGUACAAAGAAACUCCUUUACUGGUCAAUAUGGUGGGCUUUAGCCACUGCAGGCUUUAACCAGAUUUUGAAUUAUGUCCAAGUACUAUGGGACGACAAAGCACCUUCCCAUAGUUCUGCUGUGUACAAUGGAGCUGUUGAAGCCAUAGCAACAUUUUUGAGUUCAAUAACAUCACUGGCUGUGGGAUAUGUGAAACUGAACUGGGAUCUAACAGGAGAGCUGGCACUGGGGGCCUUCUCCGCAUUGGAUGCUGGUUCACUGUUUCUGAUGUGUUUUACCAAAAACAUCUGGGUCUGUUAUGCUGGCUAUCUAGUUUUCAAAGCAUGUUACAUGCUCCUUAUAACCAUAGCCACGUUCCAGAUUGCUGUCAGUCUCAGCAUGGAACGUUAUGCAUUAAUGUUUGGAUUCAACAACUUCAUUGCGCUGAUAAUUCAAAGUAUUGUGACCUUUAUAGUGGUGGAUUCCAAAGGGCUUGGAUUGGAUAUUGGGACUCAGUUCCUAAUAUAUGGCAGUUACUUUGCAGUGAUCGCUGGGAUUUUCCUAAGCAGAAGCAUUUACACAAUAAUCUCAAUCAAAUGCCAAAACCAGAAUCUUCUGGAAAAUUCUCAGAAGAUUGAGGCAGAAGAGCCGGCUACAGAAGUCUAUGGCACAAGACUGUGAGACUUUAACACCUUCAGGA